UCAUUCAUCUGUCAUAUUACUCGUGUGUUUGAUAAACUGCGUUUGAUUUCAAAUUGAAUACUAGCAGUUUGUUGAUAUUUGAAAUAUUAAGUGAAAAUGAAGGUGGAAGAAGUUAAAAGUACUGUAAAAACACAGCGAAUAAGUGCUCACAGUCACAUCAAAGGACUGGGCUUAAAUGAAGCUGGAUUUGCUCUUCCAGCGGCUGCCGGUUUGGUAGGCCAAGAGCAGGCUAGAGAGGCUGCUGGUAUUGUUGUUGAUAUGAUAAAAAGUAAAAAGAUGGCAGGAAGGGCAGUUUUACUAGCUGGCCCACCAGGUACUGGUAAAACAGCUAUUGCCUUGGCUAUAGCACAGGAAUUGGGCACCAAAGUACCCUUCUGCCCAAUGGUAGGUUCAGAAGUCUACAGCUCUGAAAUUAAAAAGACAGAAGUUCUCAUGGAGAAUUUCCGCCGAGCAAUUGGUUUGAGAAUAAGAGAAACGAAAGAAGUUUAUGAAGGGGAAGUUAGUGAAUUAACACCUGUAGAAACAGAGAAUCCAGCUGGUGGUUAUGGCAAAACAGUCAGUCAUGUCAUAAUUGGUUUGAGAACGGCAAAAGGUAGCAAACAAUUGAAAUUAGACCCCAGUAUUUACGAUGCUUUACAGAAAGAGAAAGUUGAGGUUGGAGAUGUUAUUUAUAUAGAAGCCAACAGUGGAGCUGUUAAAAGACAGGGUAGGUCAGAUGCAUUUGCUACAGAAUUCGAUCUGGAAGCUGAAGAAUAUGUUCCUUUGCCGAAAGGAGAUGUACAUAAAAAGAAGGAAGUAGUACAGGAUGUCACUUUACAUGACUUAGAUGCCGCAAAUGCAAAGCCUCAGGGGGGCCAAGAUGUACUCUCUAUGAUGGGCCAACUUAUGAAGCACAAGAGGACUGAAAUAACAGAUAAACUGAGACAAGAAAUCAAUAAAAUUGUGGAUAAAUAUAUCGAUCAAGGUAUAGCCGAGUUAGUACCUGGAGUAUUAUUCAUCGAUGAGGUUCACAUGUUGGAUAUUGAAACAUUCACGUAUUUGCAUCAGGCAUUGGAAAGUGCAAUCGCACCCAUUGUUAUUUUUGCCACCAAUAGGGGAAGAUGUGUUAUCAGAGGAACUGAGGAUAUCGUAUCGCCACAUGGUGUUCCUUUGGACUUGUUAGAUAGGUUACUCAUAAUACGAACACUUCCAUAUGCCAAAAAUGAAGUGGAACAAAUAUUGAAACUCAGGGCCAGCACCGAAGGUUUGGAAAUAGAACAAGAUGCUCUGUCGAUGUUGGCAGAAAUCGGCACACAGUCUACCUUACGUUACGCCGUUCAACUUCUAACACCUGCUUCAUUGACAGCAAAAACCAACGGAAGGCCGAAUAUAAUGAAACAAGACGUGGAGGAAGUUAACGCCUUGUUCUUGGAUGCCAAGUCUUCCGCUAAAAUUUUGUCUGCACAAAAGGAUAAGUUUAUGAUGUGAACACCAAACUUAGAGACGAUCUGCAUAUUUUAAUUUCGAAAUUGUGAUUUUUUUCAUUGUAUCGAUUCUGUUUAUAUUGUGAAUGAUUGGAAAUGGUCUUUGUAUUUGAAGGCAAUAAAUAGGCAUUGUAAGGA